AUGCUCCCGAGUCUGCUGCUGCCAGUCGCCGCCGCGUUGGUCGAACGAACCGUUGCUCAGGCGUACACCUCCAAUACAACCUCGGUCUACUAUGCCCCAGGCGUGCCCGUCGAUGUGCCCGUCGAGGGAGAUUACACAGACUAUCUGCGCCCAAAGGUGCAUUUCAGCCCUCCACGAUAUUUCAUGAAUGACCCCAACGGCAUGCACCGCGAUGCCUCGGGACUUUACCACUUGUACUAUCAGUACAACCCACUCACCACAGUAGCGGGCAAUCAGCAUUGGGGUCAUGCCACAAGUCGAGAUCUGUACACCUGGGAGAAUCAAAAGAUUGCCAUCUUCCCUCCGAACAACUAUACGUAUGUCUUCAGCGGCUCCGCUGUCCUCGACCCGAACAAUACCUCCGGUUUCUUCCCUCAGCAGAGCAACGGCGUAGUGGCAAUCUACACCCUUGCAGAGUAUCCCGACGGCCAGCAGGGCGUUCAAUCUCAGGCAAUCGCGUACAGUCGUGAUGAUGGCUAUACUUUCGAGCCGUACGAAGGCAAUCCGGUCCUGGACAUCAACUCCACCCAGUUCAGAGACCCAUACGUGACUUGGCACGGAGAAACUUCCAACUGGGUCAUGGUGGUGGCCUACGCAGCUGAAUACGUGAUUGGUGUCUUUACCUCCCCUGAUCUUAAGGAGUGGACGCAUGCAAGCAACUUUACGAAGCACGGAUAUCUCGGAACACAAUACGAGUGUCCGAACCUUGUUCAUCUACCCAUGGAGGGCCAGGACGAGCCCGUGUGGAUGCUCGUAAUCUCCAUCAACCCAGGUGGUCCUCGAGGAGGAAGCAUAUCGCAGUACUUCGUUGGCGACUUCAAUGGCACGCACUUUGAGCCAUACGAUAGCGCCACUCGAUUCACAGACUUCGGGAAGGACAACUACGCCGCUCAGUACUUCAAUGGUAUAGCUGCCAAUGAGCCACAGAUCGCUCUCGGCUGGGCCUCCAAUUGGCAAUACACCCAGCUGGUUCCUACCGGCCUUGAGACGCACGGCCAAUUCCGUAGUGCCAUGAGUGUUCCCCGGUCACACCAUAUCGCCAACGUCUCAGCACGCGGCUACGACCUCAUCUCGGCGAUUCACGACAUCUCGCCCGUUAUCGAGUCCGAAUUGGCAUACAACAGUAGUCUUGGUAACGGUUCUGUUCUGGUUGAUUUCUCCACGGUCGAAUCUGGCGCCAUUUACCUCGAGGCGAACAUCACCGGCUUGACUUCUUCCACCCUGCGCGGAACCGCCAACUUCACCAUCAGCUCUUCGAUUUCCGGCGAGUAUAUUCAAGGAGGUAUCAACGCCGCCGGCAGCCCCGGGAUCUGGAUCGAUCGUGGCCACGUUGGUGGGUUUGACAACCCGUAUUUCACGGACAAAUUCUCCGAAGAAGGACUCUUUGGGCCGUCCACAAAUGGCUCCUGGAGCAUGAGUCUGGUGUAUGACAACUCGGUCAUAGAGCUGUUCUUGAACGGUGCGCAGGCUGCGGGUACUUUGACAUUCUUCCCAAAUCGGCCGCUGGACACUCUGGCGAUCUAUGUUGGUGGACUUCCAGACACGGCAUCGUCCAGUGUGGCCGCUUGGGGAUUGAAAAACACUUGGGCGGCUCAGGCAAAUGCGAAUGGUACCGUAGUCGGCAAUGUCACGCAGAUCGAGCAGGCCAGGAGGUGA